GUUUUGUUUAGGUUUUUCAUUUUAUUCUCUCUCUUGCUAUUCUAAUAGUUAAAUAAUUUGGGAAAUUCGUCUUUGUUUGCUUACUGAGCCCAUCAAACGAUGCUUGAAGAGACACCUUGCUUAGGAUGUGGAUCAUCAAGUAUAGCUUAUGGGGGUUUUGACUUGGCACCCUUUCGUUUACCCCAUUGGGAAGGAAAUCACAAACCAAAAUGCCGUAGACCAAGAUCUAGCUCUUAUUUUCCUUUGGAUCCUAGAAAGCAUCCUGUGACCGUCCUAUAUGAGUACUGUUCCAUGCAAAGCAUUAUACCUACUUUUGAAUUUUAUGAGAUACCCCAGACGGUGGGAAUAGAGUAUGGUUGUAUUGCUACCGUUGAGAAUUUUAUUGGAGAGGGCAGAGCAUUUUCAAAGAAAACGGCAAAACAUCAAGCUGCAAUAAACGUGAUGAGAAAGUUGUCACGCCCGAACUAUUUAGGUGAUAAUGAUCUCGGCCCGAGAAGAUUUGUUUCCGAGACAGGAAUAGUCAGUGUACACUAUGAGAGUAUUCCCAAGAAACGCUCGUGCUUUAGAGAUAGACCGAGGAUGACUCCGCCACCUUUCUUGAAAAGGGCAAAGAAGAAGGUUAAAUGGCAGGACAGUAGUGAAGGCGAAACUGAAGAUGAGAGCACUAGAAGUUCGUUUGAAGAUCUUAGUUGUAGUGACACUGUUGAUAGUAAUGUUAAAGUUACCAUGAAUUGCGAGGAUGAGGCCGAGGGAGAAAAUGUUCCUUCUCAGAAGAUUUUGAAAGUUGAAACUGAUUCUGAGAAUAAUUCGGAUAGCGAGUAUAAAGAAGGAGAAGGACGUUUUAAAGGCAGCCCAUCAUCUGCUCCAGUUGUGAAACCAGUUAAAGAGAAUAAUAAUAACAAUAGCGGUGGAGAUCAGGAUUUAAUUGAAGAAAUUUCUGAAUAUCUCAGUGAAAGGUUGAGAAGAACAUCAAUUGAUAUGACCGAUGAAACACAACAAGUUAAUCAAGACUCUUCUAGCGAUGAAAUAAAAGUCGUCGAGUUGAAUGAUGUGACAUCCAAGAGGAAGAAGAAAAGGAAAAGGCCCAUUGGGAUGUUGACUGAUGGAAUGCAGACAUUAGGAAGAAAAAUCUGUCUCAAAGAAGUGAACCCAAUCGGCUAUUUGCAGGAGGCAUGUAUGCAUUUCUGCUGUGAUCCGCCAUCAUAUAAUUUCUACCAAGAAGGAGGUCACAUAAGAGCUGUUUGCACACUUGUCGAUAGUAACACCGAAGCAUUUGGCGACACACAGAAGGAAGCCAAGAGAGCUGCAGCUGUUUUAAUGAUCCGCCAAUUAGGAUGGUGAAUUAUUUUUGUUUGUCUGUUAUUUUACUUUUUUUAUUCAAACUUACAUAUAUAAAACCCAUAUAUAUUUU